AUGUCUGAAUCAAACAACAACGGUGGUCUGCUCGGCGGCCUGAGCGAUACCCUCGGUAAAACAGUUGGAGGCGUCACCAACACCGCAGGUGGCGCGGUCAGUGGCCUUGGUAGCACUGUCGGCGGCGUCACACAGGGACUUGGACAGACCGUCUCUGGCGCGACAGAGGGUCUAGGCAACACCACCAAGAGCGCUGGACAAGGCAUAUCGAACGGGGUCCAGAGUGUUGGUGGAAAGCAGCAGACUGCCGAGAACCCACUCGGAUUGAACCAAUAA